AUGGUUGUGUCAGAACUUACUGCUUCAGCAGUGGCUAGAGGCGCAAUGGCAGCAGACCCUUCAAACAUCGCCCAAGGAGCAUCUGCUCAACCGACUGCACUGCAGAAUCGAGUAGCAUCCAGCAAGAGCCCUUUUGUCAGAGGCGGCGAGAACAGCCUGGUAAAAUGGCAGGUUUUGGAUCACGAUUCCGUCGAGCGGGCGAAGCGAGAGAACAAGUUGCUCUUCCUGCAUAUUGGAUAUAAGGCUUGUCACUUCUGUCGUCUUAUGGCCCAGGAGUCAUUCUCAAACCCAGAAUGCGCUGCCAUUUUGAAUGAAUCCUUUGUCCCCGUCAUCGUUGACCGAGAAGAGCGACCCGAUAUCGACACCAUUUACAUGAACUAUGUCCAGGCUGUGAGCAAUGUGGGAGGUUGGCCGCUCAACGUAUUCGUCACACCUGACUUGGAACCCGUUUUUGGUGGAACGUACUGGCCGGGACCGGGCACGUCGCGGCGAGUGGUUGCGGACAUCGAGGAUGAAUCCCCCGACUGUCUGACUAUCUUCAAGAAAGUGAGAGACAUCUGGCGGGAUCAGGAAACGCGAUGUCGCAAAGAGGCUUCAGAGGUUUUGGGGCAGCUGCGGGAGUUCGCUGCUGAAGGCACACUGGGUACCAGGAGCCUCUCAGGUGCACAUCCCAUCGCGACGCCGAGUUGGAAUAUCCCGACUAUUCCCGAGGCGGCGCCUGCUGCCCCCAAGGACAAAGAUGCUCAGGUAUCGAGUGAGCUAGACCUGGACCAGUUGGAGGAGGCCUAUACACAUAUUGCUGGUACUUUCGACCCCGUGUGCGGUGGAUUUGGACUUGCGCCAAAGUUCUUGACGCCUCCGAAGCUGGCAUUCUUAUUGCGGCUAAACACAUUUCCCAGCGCAGUGCAGGACGUCGUGGGCGAAGCAGAAUGCAAGUAUGCCGCUGAAAUGGCUGUGGACACUCUCCGAAAAAUCCGGGACGGGGCCUUGCACGAUCAUAUCGGGGCUACUGGAUUCGCAAGAUGUUCGGUCACCCCUGAUUGGAGCAUUCCUAACUUUGAAAAGCUCGUCGUUGACAACGCCCUCUUGCUAAGUCUAUACCUAGACGCCUGGAAACGUGCCGGUGGAAAGGCAGACAGUGAGUUCUACGAUAUCGUCCUGGAACUCGCAGAAUACCUGAGCUCGCCGCCAAUCGCCUUGCCGAACGGCGGCGUGGCCACCAGUGAGGCUGCCGACUCUUACAUGAGACGAGGCGAUAGGGAAAUGAGAGAAGGAGCCUAUUACUUAUGGACCAGACGAGAAUUUGACUCGGUUGUGGAUGCAUCCGGCCAGGACAAGCAUAUUAGCCAAGUGGCGGCCGCACACUGGAACGUCCAAGAAGACGGCAACGUGGAUGAAGACCACGACCCCAACGACGACUUCAUCAACCACAACAUUUUACGAAUCGUCAAGUCUCCAGAAGAGCUGGCCAGACAGUUCAACAUUCCCUUAGACACAGUGGGGCAGUACAUCCAAACGGCAAAGAAGGAACUAAAAGCAAGGCGAGAAAGGGAACGAGUUCGUCCCGAGCUAGACGACAAAGUCAUCACCGCAUGGAACGGCCUCGUCAUCUCCUCCCUCGCACAAACCUCAUCCGCCCUCAAGGCCGUAGACCCCGCCCUAAGCAACAAGUAUCUUGGCGCCGCAAAAUCAGGCGUCACCUUCAUCAAGACCAACCUCUGGGAUGAAUCGUCCAAAUCGCUGUACAGAGUAUACCGAGAAGGCAGGGAGAUCGAAGGCUUCGCCGACGACUACACCUACCUCAUCCACGGCCUCCUCGACCUCUUCUCAGCAACAUCCGACGAAACCCUCCUCCAAUUCGCAGAUGACCUCCAAAAAACCCAAAACAUACUGUUCCAGGAUCCCGACGCAGGCGCCUUCUUCUCAACCACGUCGUCCUCUCCACACGCUAUUCUCCGCCUCAAAGACGGCAUGGACACAUCCCUCCCAUCUAUCAAUGCCGUUUCGGCGUCGAAUCUAUUCCGUCUUGGCGCACUGCUAGAUGACGAGCGGUACUCGGCGUUGGCAAAGGGCACGGUGAAUGCGUUUGAAGCAGAGAUGCUGCAGCAUCCGUGGUUGUUCCCAGGCUUGUUGGGCGGUGUUGUUACUGCCAGGUUGGGAUUUCAGGGUGAAGUGGGUGAUGUAAAGUAUAGAUUGGAACGGGAGAAGGCCUGA